UGAGCCGCUGUGCCCGGGCCCCGCCAGGAGGGCGUCCGUCGGCGGGUGCCAGCGCCGCACACCUGAGCCAUGGCAGAGCCGCUCUGGAGCUGGGGCUGUUUGGGGGCAUUCCCAGAGGCUCUUGUCUCUCUCUGCGGUGGCUUUGGAAAUCUCAGCCGAAAAGUGUUUGUGGCUCCGACAGUGCUGGUGAGAGGCAGCUUUUGUGCUUCACCUGUGGUGCUCUCAGUUUGAGGUGGAUCUGUACCAAAAUGAGUCGGCCUGCCAGACUCCGCUGGACCGGCAGUACCGUGAGGAGAUCCUGAAACUGGAGAAGACCGGAGGUCGGAAGAACAAUCGCAUCUUCACCUACACUGAUCAUGACCGAUUCACCAACCUAGAGGAGCACUGCCAGAAAGUAACUGACUCAGACCAUGAGAUGCCAUCGUAUCUGGCAGAGAGGAUGGCCAAUGUGAGGAGGAGGAGACAAGACCGUAGGCCAGUAGAAGCAAGCUCUCUGAAGUCGAAAAUCAUCACCUGGGAACCCUCAGAAGAAUUUAAAAAGAACAGUCAUGUGAUUAACACUCCUGUCCAGACCAUGUACAUCAUGGGGGACUUGGGACCGUAUGGGAGGCUGGGUCACAGGGAGUAUGAGCACGUUCUUUGCACAGUCAAGGUGGACAGCAAUGGGGUGAUUGCAGUGAAGCCUGAUUUCACGGGUGCCAGAGGAGCCUACCGGAUCGAGCAGGAUGGAGAGAAGCGAGAGGUGUGGAAAUACACCAUUGAGAAUGCGUCUGUCCAGGUGCAGCCAGAGGAGGAGGAACGCGAGCAGCGUGUGUUCACAGACCUGUGGCAGUUUAUAAAGCUGUAUGCUCGGCACAAGGAAUACCUCAGUGGUCUUGUAGGCUCAGAAUUUGAAAUGACUCUCCCUGGAACACUGCGGCUUUUUGUGAACGGAGAAAUAGUUUCAGCUCAAGGCUAUGAGUAUGACAAUCUCUACGUUCAUUUCUUCGUGGAGCUGCCCAGCCAGUGGUCGAGCCCCGUGUUCCAGCAGCUAUCAGGAGUGACACAGACCUGUGCCACCAAGACCAUGGGCUGGGAUAAGGUGGCACACUUCUGCUACCCCUUCACUUUGGAUAUGUUUUUCACCCAAGGAGAUGAAUCAGAAGACAGUCUCCCUCAGUGGCCUGUUCUCUACUUUGAGGUCCUGUCCCUGGAUUUCUGGCAGAGGUAUCGCGUUGAAGGGUAUGGUUCUUUGGUGCUGCCAGCAUCUCCAGGUCUCCACAUGCUCACCACCCCUACCUGGCGUCCCGUGGAGCUGGGGACAGUCGCUGAGCUGAGGAGAUUUUUCAUUGGUGGAUCUCCUGAGCUGGAGGACAUAACCUACGCCAGGAUACCGUCGACCUUCAAGGGAGAGCGUCUGAGCCGCUUCGGUUUCCGCACAGAGACAACCGGGAGCGUCACAUUCCGGCUUUACUGCCUGCAGCAGUCUAAAGCCUUCUUGGAGACCAGUGCACUGCGGCAGCGCAUGCAGAGUGUGCUGGACCGGCUUGGAGGCUUCAGCCAGCAGAGCUCUGUCUACAGUGUCCUGGGUAGGGCUUUCAGUGUCAUUCUCCCUGGCAAGUCUUUGGCUCACUUUGGCCCCCUUUUUUACAGAAUGGGCAGGAUAUUUCAGGAGAAAUUCAUUACUGUGGGGAUAAUUGCCACCUCCAUGAGCUCUCUGAGUCCAUUGGAGAGGUUAAAUGUUGUGAUCUGAGCUGGAAACUUCAUCAUCAGCUCUGAGCAGGCAGGAGGGGUAACUGCCCUGUGAGGGCAAAGCCUAGGCUGGGCUGCCCAGUCUGGCCUGGCACUGAACACAGCUUGUGGUGCUGAUGCACAGGCUCUGUUGCUGGUCCAGUUACCCACAGAGCAAAGACGGUGUUGGAAAGAAGAGAAGAGAGAGCAGCACAGCCCAGGUGCUUUGUUGGUGGAACUUAGUAAUAGGAAGUGAGACUCCUGCUCUGGGAGAGACAAUAUUCUCUGGGCAGACUUGGGCAACGGAGCUGGGGCAGGGUCUGGAGCAC